AUGAGUGACUCCGUUGCAGCGAAUGCGAACGCGCCCGGUAUUGCCGCUGACGAGCCUCUUCACGAAAUGGCCGACGGAGUGGCUAACGAAGUGGCCGACGACGUCAUGCAAGACACAACCCCCCAGAAAGAGACAGACCAGGCACUGCCUUUCGACGUCAAGGCGCUCACAGACCGCGCCUUGCAGUUUUUGGCGACGGCCAGCAACGAGACGCUCGGAGCGUGUCUGGUGGGUCUUGGAGCCGGCACCUACCUAAUCCUCGGCCGAGUUGGACUGGUCCUCAUCGGCGUCGUUGGUGGAGUCGUUCUUCACGCGACCUGGGAGGGGCAGUCACAGACCGGCGAGAGCCCAGAGCAGAAGGGCAGGAGCAGCGAGAGUCGGAAACGAGAGCUGGGUGCACAUGUCGCGCACAGGAUCCUGGACUGGAGGGACAACAGGGCGCAAGAGAAGCAAGAAGGCGAUACCGGCAGCUUAGACCUGAGUGUGAAGCUGUACUCUGGCAAGAAACUCGACUUUUCAGAGUUCAAGCCAGAGACGGCAGCAGCACUGACAGAGCUGACGGAUGCUGUUAUUCGGGACUAUGUCAAAUGGUGGUAUUCACCCAUUCUGCCUGCCGAAGAUGCUUUUCCCGACUCGUGCCGCCAAACUUUCACUGCCUUCCUCCUCUCUGUAUCAGCACAUCUGUCCCGCAAGCGACCUGCAGACAACUUUGUUGACUUCGCAACGCGCUCGUCGUCCUUCAUGAUCAUCCUCUUACAAGAACUGUCGACCGCCAUCAUGGCAUCCCCUGGCGACGCACCAACCGAGGCUGUCGACAUAUAUCUCAAGAUGAAGCGAGACAGCACACUCGCUAACAUCCUCGAUCCUGAAUAUCAAACACGGCAGUUCAGUGUCGCUGCCGAAGACAUCCUUCAAAACUACCUGGAAGCGAAAACAUACAACUGCAUGGCAGCCAGGGUGUUUCUACAUCAAAUCCUCGCCAAGGUCGUCCUGGAGAUGAUCGUGGUGAGCUGCUCGAAACCUGACUUCAUCAAUGGCUGGAUCGUGUACCUCCUCGAGGGCGGCGAGCCCGAGCUCAUGAACGCCAUCGAUGCAGGCGUCGAGGAGUCAUCUGGCCAACUGCAGAACGUCAAGAACAACAUUGAGAAGACGACAGGAGAAACAAUGUCGCCUGAACGUAAGGAGCACAGGCGCCGUGUCAGUAAAGCUCAGGAUGCCAUGGAUGAGGCCAUGCAAGAAGCAAAACGCUUGAGUCGGUUGAUCGCAGAAGAAGAUGCUAAGCGCCUGAGGAGUUUAGACGAAUCGACUUCAUCGUUGACUGAUGAUCAGUCAGCGAGCACAACACAAGGGAUCGCGACCCCCACCUCGUCUCAGAGUGAGGCCACAGCCGAAGGCGAGGCGACAGACUUGGGCAUUACCGGACUGCCGACACAGGCACCAUCGCAGGUUGCACCAGCAUCUCCACCGAGAGCUAGCGAAGAAUCAAAAAAGGCCUUCACGAGCUUCGAUCAGCUACUGGGCAACAACCCGCCGACUGCGCUUCUUGACGAUGACGAUCGACCACUUCAAGCAAGACCGCCUCCUCUCACUCUCUACAACAGCACCAUGUCUAUCUUCGAUGACAGCAUGGCCGGAGAGAAAGGCAUCAUAAGGAACAAACCUAAUGUAGAGUACUUGAUCCAGAUCGAGCCUUCGUCCCAUCACCACUCAGGAUGGAUGACUGCCCGCAAAUACACCGAGUUUGAGACCCUACACGAAGUCAUCCGGCGCAUUGCAGCUAUCACAGGGACGACUGGCUUCCUUGAAGCGCACGCUGAAUUGCCAGUUUGGAAGGGUCAUACCAAACCCUCCCUUCGUGGUGAGCUCGAGCGCUACUUGAACGAUGCGGUCAAAUUCAAGCCACUUGCCGAGAGUGAGGGCAUGAAACGCUUCCUCGAGAAAGAGGUGGGAACCGGCAAGACACCAGGUGGCGGUUUCCCUGGCAUCGGCUGGGCGGGUCAGACUUUCGAUACCAUGGGUAAAGGCAUAGGAUCCACGUUUGACGUGCUGAGCAAGGCGCCGAAGGAAGUCGCUGGAGGAGGCAAAGCACUUUUUGGCGGUGUCACGGGCGUUCUGGGAAGCGUUGCGCCAUUUGGAGCAAAGAAGAACCGCGAGUCAAUGACAAAUGGAACGACCACCAACACACCGAGCGCCAGCAGCAGCACCGCAAACCUAUCCCGUACCUCCACAAACACGACGGAACCUUCAAAGACUCGCCACAGCCGCGCUGAAUCUGUUGUUGCCGAGCUUCCAACACACAUCCGUUCGGAAAGCACGAUGUCACUUGCUUCCAAACGUACAUCGAUGGAAUCAAUACGCAACACGAACUCGCCGGUUAUUGAUCAACAACCGCAGCGCGAAGCCCAGAUGGAGCGCCGGCCAUCGUACAACCCGGAUGAUGACGGUAAGCGUUCUGGACGUUCCUCGAGAUAUGGUUCAAGGGCGAACAGCCGUGCUCCAAGCCCGAGGAGGAGCAUGGAUCUCAGCCCUCUCCUUGGUGGCGACCAGAUCCUCAACCUUCCACCUAUGCCCAGUGAGAUCACAGAUGACUACAACACUGCGCCCUCCCGCCCCUCUCUGGAUCCCUCCCACGCCCGUAAUGCCUCCCGAACAUCUUUAAACUCAAUGACAACAUCCGCAAACAACGACUCCAUACCUCCUGUCCCUCCCUUGCCACGCCGCCCAUCAGCAGCCUCGGUCACAGCUUCCACCACCACCUCACCCUCUAAGCCCCCCCAAAAACCAAAGUCACACACGCCACUCUCCGAACCCGAAACCACCGUUCUAAUCGAGCUCUUCUUCGCCGUAAUCAAUGAACUCUACACCCUCUCCUCCGCCUGGACACUCCGCCGCACCCUCCUCAAUGCCGCGAAGACCUUCCUUCUGCGCCCGGGAAACCCGCAGUUAGCAUCCAUCACCACGCUCUUCCAAACGACGCUGGACUCCAGCACCUCGGACGAAGGGCUCGCGCACCAGCUGCGCAAGAUGCGCGAGAGUGCCCUGCCGACCGAGAAAGAGCUGGCAGCGUGGCCGGCAGAAGCGAGCGCCGAGGACAAGGAGAAGCUGAGACUGAAGGCGCGAAAGCUGUUGGUUGAGCGAGGGAUGCCCAGUGCGCUUACCAGUGUCAUGGGCCAGGCUGCUAGCGGAGAGGCGCUGGGCAAGGUGUUUGAUUGUCUGCAGGAGCCGCGGGUUGCGAGGGGUGUUAUGUUUGGGCUGGUAUUGCAGGGGCUGAGGGCUGUUACGCAGUGA